AUGACAACUAUCUCCUCGGGUCAAAACAGCUCUAACAAGACUCAGGAAUGGGUCAGCGAGGGUAAAAAUGGAAUAAUCACGUUGAUUGGAUCUGAAAACUAUGCUUUGUGGAGUAGAUCUAUGAUUCUAGGUCUCAAAGGCAAAAGAAAGUUAGGAUUUGUUGAUAGUAGACAUACAACAGAUAAGUUUGAUGAAUCACUACAUGAACAAUGGGAAAAGGUGAAUGCGGUAGUGUUAUCUUGGAUAAUGAGAUCUGUUAUAAAAGAGCUAUUGGGCAGUAUAAUAUACGCUUCAAAUGCUCAUAAAGUGUGGUUAGAUCUUAAGGAGAGAUUUGAUAAGGUGAAUGGAUCUAGAGUUCUGUACUUGCACAGAGAAAUUGUUACUUUGAAUUAA